AUGGGUUCGUCUUCGUCGUCGCUUAAUAAGUCUCCGUUUAGAACAACAGACAGUAUGGUAACACAAGAAUCUCCCUCGAAAGAUAAUUCAGCUCCGAUCAUGACUGUAAAGCCGGGGAAAAACGACGGCGUUUCGAUCAUAUCUAAGUCGCUGCGAUCGUCUCCUUCUGCUAAGAACUUCGAAUCGCCAAGAAAGAGUACAACUUCGAUUCCGACGAAUUCUCCGGCGAACAAUUAUCAUCAAACCUCUGUCAAAUCUCGGUGGUCGUUUUCGUCGUCUAAGAAAAGCUUCGGAAGCAAAGAUGAAACCUUUUUCGAUUCGCAGCCAUGGCUACAAUCCGACUCUGACGAUGACUUCCACAGCGUUACUGGCGAAUUUACUCCGUCGCGUGGAACCACUCCAAAGACAAGUUUCUCAGACAGGUCUCCACGUGUCCACGACCUUAUAUUCCAAGAGAUGAAGCCUGCUCGAGGCUCGUCUUCUCCACUGCCUCCAAAGCCGAGGAGGAAGAAGCUUGGUGAGCUUUUCAGAGACAGUAUUAGAGAAGAAAGAGAAGAGAGCGGUUCGUCGUCGACUGUUAGCACUCCUUAUCUCUCCGGUGCUAACUCCGGCGAAUUCAACAAUCCGGCCAUUGAAGAGAAGAAGAAGUCUAACUGGCAGCAUCAUCGUUGUCUUCCUGGUUUCUCUUCUUGUGGUGGAAGUUUCAUGGAGAGGAGGAAGAAGAUGAGCUCUGAAACGGCGGUUGUUGCUGCUGUGAAAUGA